AUGAAUUGCAACAACAGAGAUGACUUGCAUGUGUCAUUUAGCACAAAUGGUAUGUUUAUUUUAGACGAUAUAGAUAAUUCUGUAACAGCGAAAAAAUAUAUGAAUAUAGUUGGUGGUGCAGGUACAUAUGCAACAUUAGGUGCUUCAGUGGUGGCCAGACAUAAUAGCAACAGGAACCCAGCUAUUUUACAAUUUAUUGUUGAUUGUGGACGGGAUUUUUACGAUGUUCAAAGUAACAAUAACGACAAUAAGGUUAAUGGUACUGAUAUUGAAGAAAAAAUGCGACAAUGGAAUUUCACUUCUAGUGAUAAUACAAAUAAUACUUGUGAUGGUAAUGAAUUACCUGGACUUAUUUUCAGAUAUAAUGCGGAUAGAUUAACUACAAAAGGGUAUAAUGAGUAUGGAGCAAAUGAUUUUAGAACUUUUAAAUAUUUAACACCAAAAUUGCAAAUUACAAGUGAAGAUAUUUUGCAAAAUUAUUGCCUAGAGAACAACAAUUCCAGAUUGAAAAAGAUUGAAAUAAUGCAUCUGGUAUGUUCGCCUAAACGAUGUAAGAAAAUUAUUAAAGAUUUGGUGGGUAGUGAUGUAUGUAAUAGAUUUGUUUGGGAACCUGUGCCUGACCUAUGUAAUCAAGAGAACUAUCAAGAUAUUUAUGAUAUCAUGCAUAAUAUAUUAGAUUCAUCGGGAUUACCAUCUCCAUCUUACGAGAUUAUAUUAUCACCUAAUGCGGAGGAGGGAUCAAGAUUAUUUGGUUAUGAGCACGAGCCCGUGACAAUUGAGGAAUGUUUAAAACUAAUGGUUAAAGAUUUCAACGACUUUAUAGGUUACAGUGCUAACGAGAUUAAUAGGAGAAACGGAAUUGUAUUAAGAUGUGGUGUUCUUGGUUGCCUACUUUUAUUACCACAUAAUUUAAAUAUUUACCAUUUGCCCGCAUAUCAUAGUAUUACCAGUACUAAAGUCAUCGAUCCUACAGGUGGAGGUAAUGCAUUUCUGGGUGGGUUUGCUAUGGGAUUAGUGAUUUAUUGUAAUGAUUGGUACAAAGCGGCUAUUUGCGGUAAUAUCGCUGCUGGAAUAGCAAUUGAACAAGUGGGGGCAUUGCCCGAUUUAAAGGUUAUUGAAAAUAAUGAUGGUACUGAUGGUAAUAAUAAAAGUUUAUUUGUUUGGAACGGGUGUUCAUUUCAAGAAAGAAUACAAUGUUAUUUUGAAAAGUAUGAAAUUAGUGGAAGUACCAGCAGUUUUUAG